AAUUUUAGGAGGUACGCAUAUUUUUGCUGAUUAUGAAAGCAGUAAUCGAGAGGAUCUUGGCUGGAAGUGAUGCUGCGCCUCGUCUUACUGCUGAUGCCUCCAUUGCUCUACGCGCAAAGGCAGUUUUACGAAAAUAAGUUCACGAUCGGUGCGCUUUUUACGAAGGACGACACGGACGUGGAGCUCGCCUUCAAGUAUGCCGCUCAAUGGCACAGCCUGUACAGUGGGGAGGGCACCUCGUACAACACAAUCACGAGGAGGCUUCCCCAAGGGAACACCUUCGCCUCCAGCAAAAUAGUCUGCAACAUGACCAAGACCGAAAAUAGGCUGAUAGCGAUCUUCGGCCCCGACUCGCUGAAAACCAGCGCCAUGGUGCAAUCCAUUUGCAAAAAGCUGGAGAUACCCCACAUUCAGACCUCGUGGCAGCCGUCCACCAACUACCCGCCGAUAAUCGCCCUAAACUUCUACCCGGCCGCGGACCUCCUCGCCGAGGGCUUCGCCACGAUCGUCAAGCACAUGAAUUGGAAGAGCUACGCGAUCGCGUACCAGCGCGACGAGGGACUCAUCCGCCUCCAGGGCGUUCUCAAGAUUCCCGAAAGCACGGACAACCCGGUCACCGUCCGCCAAGUCGCGCAAAACGCGGACAAUCGGCCGAUGUUUAAGCUGCUCAAGAUGUCCGGAAUAACGAAGAUCAUUUUGGAUUGCGACACCGACGAGAUCAUCAACAUGCUGCAGCAGGCCAAGGAGGUGGGGCUGCUUACCUACCCCACGAGUUACCUUCUCACCUCACUGGAUGCCCACACCGUGGACUAUUCCGUGCUGGACACGAGCGCCAACAUCACGAUGGUGCGAUUGUUCGAUCCGUCCAAUGAACAGUUGGUGAGGCACCUGAAGAGCUGGGAGGUGGGCGAGAUGAGGAGCAAUCGACAGGUGACGACGACGCCGGAGACGGUUCGGACUGAUUCGGCGCUAAUGAUCGACGCCGUCAAUCUCCUCGUGGAAGCGGUGAACCACCUCAAUAAAACAGAAAUUAUCUCACCAAGAGCCAUGGUCUGCGAGGAGUCCGACACGUGGGAAGGCGGCUACAGGAUCGCGGCCUACAUGAAGGAGCAUCGCUUACCGGCGCCCAUCACCGGACCGAUCGUCUUCGACCAGUUCGGCCGGCGAACCAACUUCAACCUGCAGCUGAUCGAGCUGAAUAGCAACCUGGUGAAGGCGACGUGGUGCCCGGCGAACGGCACCCGCUUGAACAUCACCAUCAGCGCGAAGCAGAGGCAACAGAUGGUCCUGCGCAGUUUGCAAAAGCAAAAGAUCGUCGUCUCCUCCAAGAUCGUCGACCCUUACCUGAUGGAGCUCAACGCGUCGCACGCCUCCGACAGCUUGUCCAGCAGGUACGAAGGCUACGCCGUCGAUUUGAUCGAAUUAAUCGCUAGGGAGCUGAAUUUUACGUACGUCUUCACGAUAACGGAGUCGAACGGAAACUACGACGAGAGUUCGGGACUUUGGAACGGGGUCGUUGGCGAUGUCGUCAACGGCGUCGCCCAGCUGGGUAUAUGCGACCUAACCAUUACCCACCAGCGCAGACAAGCUGUAGACUUCAGUAAUCCUUUCAUGACACUAGGCAUUAGCAUCUUGUACAAGAAGCCGACGCCUGGGGAGCCGAACAUGUUCGCGUUCAUCGACCCGUUGGCGCAGGACGUGUGGAUGUACACCGCCACCGCCUAUCUAGGAGUGUCUGUCGUACUUUACCUGAUAGCGCGAAUGGCACCCGGCGACUGGGAGAACCCUCACCCGUGCGAGGAGAAUCCGACGGAGCUCGAGAACGCUUGGAAUUUGGGGAACGCAUUGUGGCUGACGAUGGGGUCCAUUAUGACGCAAGGUUGUGACAUUCUGCCCAAGGGAAUAUCGUCAAGAAUGGCCGUAUCUAUGUGGUGGUUCUUCUCGCUGCUGAUGACCAGCUCCUACACCGCCAACCUGGCCGCGUACCUCUCCAAGGAGCGUCUGGGCGUAUCGAUCAAUAGCGUCGACGACUUAGUGGCGCAAAAUAAGAUCAAAUUUGGCACUCUCAUCAACGGCAGCACGUACGAGUUCUUCAAGGAGUCAAAUUACUCCAAGUACCAGGCGGUGUGGAACAAAAUGAGCGGAUUUAAGCCGUCGACGUUCGUCGGGAAGAACAACGAGGGCGUGCGGAAGGUGCUGAAUAAGAAUCAGGAGUACGCGUUUUUCAUGGAGAGCGCCUCAAUGGAGUACGAGAUAAGUAAGCAGUGCGAGCUGGCCGAAAUCGGCGACUGGCUCGACUCCAAAGGUUACGGAAUAGCGAUGCCGAUCGACGCUCCUUACCGAGGCGAGAUUAAUAGCGCCAUUUUGAAGUAUCAGGAGAGCGGCGCGCUGCAGACCCUCAAGAAGAAGUGGUGGAAGGAUUUGAUUAAGAAGGAACCUUGUGAGAUCGAGGAGACUGACGAGAAGAAAGACGAAGGUCUGAAGCUGGCCAACGUCGGCGGUGUCUUCUUGGUACUGGGUUUUGGAAUAACUGUCUCCUUUUGCAUUGCCGUGGCCGAAUUCCUGUGGAACGUUAGGAGCAUCGCCACGCAGGAGGGGGUCAGCUACUGGACGGUGCUCAAGAGCGAGCUGAAGUUCGCCGUCAACUUUUGGGUGACGCAGAAGGCGGUGCGCGCGGAAGUCAAAGAACCGGCGUCUCCGCCGGAGGCAGAUCAAAACGAGGACCCGGACGACAAGGUCUUCGAGACGCAGGGGUCAAUCUUCAACUUGCAGAUUUUACCACGGAUCAGCACCAAUCGCAGCGGCUCAACACUGAGUUAACCUCAAAAUUAGAGCGUUUUAUUCAAAUACACUUAAGUCAUUGGUA